AUGGAGACUGAUACCAUAAUCAUCGGGAAUGGACCAUCGGCUUUGCUCUUAUCGUACAUCCUGCAUGGCCACAUUCCACGUUAUAUUCAGGAUCCCCCGCAUCCUGAUCCGCUACUCCAUGCCAAGCUAAAAGAUUCUCCCCAGCUAUUGUCUUGUGACAUUGACCGCCUUACGGAGCACUUUGCGGCCUCUCGGAUCUCGUAUUCUACGCAAGCGUUGCCCAUCAAUGUCUUGUUCGACACGCUGGUGCGCCCGAACGCUGAAGUUGACGAUACCGAGAAGGACACCAAUGUUGAAUGGUGUUACGUGCCUGAGAAGGCCGUUCCGCACCUGGUCUUUGGCAACACGCCUCGCCCAGGAGGUCAAUGGACUGACAAUCCAGUUGCUGCCAGCUGGGACAUCCAGACGCUGAGUUAUGCGGGCAUGCUUGGUUUACCUGGAUACUCGUUCGCAGAGCACUAUCGCAAGUCGACUGGCAAAGAACUCCCCGCAUUCACCCGGCCAACAAGAAAGGAGGUUGCAGACUACUUUGCUGCCUACCCAGUAGCGGUCGGAAUUGAGGGUGUUAUACACUGUGAGGAGACUCUGGAGAACAUCUCGAGGACUGCAGAUGGAUUUUAUAUCGGAUCUCAUGGCAUCCGUUGUAAACGCUUGGUCUUGGCUAGCGGAAUCUUCUCUGAAGUGAUCAGUCCUCCUUCACUCCUUCAGCCCUUGGCGUCUCUCCCACUUGGGUCAUCAGCGAGGCAGGAUGCUCCGCUACUUGUCAUUGGGUCCGGCUUCUCAGCGGCAGAUGUAAUCAUUUCCGCCCCGAAGGACCGGAAGAUCAUUCAUGUCUUCAAAUGGGACCCUGAUAACCGACCAUCCCCUCUUCGUGCUUGUCACCAGCAAGCCUAUCCAGAGUAUGCUGGUGUGUAUCGAUUGAUGAAGCGGGCUGCUCUCACUCUAGAGUGCCAGUCCAGUGACCGGCCAAAGAACAGACGUCUGGCGUCUACUUCUUUCCUGGAGAGCCGCCCGUGGGAUGAAGUGUACGAAGGCUGCCCGAACACUGAGAUCACCCAUGUUGAAGUCAGCGAGGGACGAGCCAUUGUGUCUUUCCGCCGAAGCGAUGGGACUACUCUGACUCGUGAGGUGUGCGGCCUGGCCUACGCUGCUGGCCGAAAAGGCUCACUGCGAUACCUGGACAAUGCUCUACUUACAGAGGUUCUCGACGGAGAAGGGGUCACUGACACUGAUGGCUCUGUUACCGGUCAGACCCUCCGCAGCAAGGCAAUGGACAAUCUAGAGGUUGCUCCAGAUGUCUUCAUCAUCGGCAGUCUGACUGGCGAUUCCUUGAUUCGGUUCGCCCACGGAGGCUGUGUUUAUGCGGCAUCCAGAAUAAUCCCAUCGCAUAAUGGCUUGGAUGAGCGAGCUACUGCUAUGAACGGCAUGGAUGGUCACCACACGCCACGCUCGUUUCUAGACGAGAAGCAACCGCAAGACCGGCGGGAAAAGGACGAGGACGAACGCUUGAAACAUGGUACUGCACAGGCUGAGAAGCCCCGUGCGAGCAGCUGGUGGACCUCACUGCUGCAGAUGCUGCGAUGA